AUGGUGCUGAGCGCAUCGUCUGAAGCUCUGCUCCAAGACAUCAUCACGCGUCUCCGCGCCGAGUUCGCCGUCAAAGACAUGGGCACGCUUCGCUUCUUCCUCGGCAUCGACGUUCGCCGGACUCCUCACGGUUUCCUUUUGUCGCAGACCAAGUACGCCGAGGAUCUCCUCGACCGGGCUUGCAUGACGAAUUGUAAGCCCACUGCUACACCCAUCGACGUCAAGGCCAAGCUGUCUUCCGCGUCCGGGACUGCUGUGCGUGAUGCCAGUGAAUACCGAAGCAUCGCUGGUGGGCUUCAAUAUCUCACCAUCACUCGACCCAACAUCGCCCACGCUGUACAACAAGCCUGCCUUCACAUGCAUAGCCCCAAAGAGUGUCAUCUGGCGCUUGUCAAAAGGAUUCUUCGCUACGUCCGUGGGACGUCCGAGCUCGGCCUUCAUCUCCGUGCGGCGACAUCACCGGUCAUCACCCGCCUACUCUGA